GUAUGAUAAGCGAGAAGGACUUGGUAAUAGCUACAAAUUCAAAAUGGCGCGCAAAUUGAAGCAAAUCGGAAUUCACGAAGUGUAAAGCAAAAUGAAGUGAUGACGUUUUUCUCCGUGCCCAAAAUUAAGGGGGAACAUGAAGAAACAAGGGAAUGAAGGAAGGAAACUGUUGAAACCAAGCCCCAAUGAAGAGGCGAAUAUACUCCAAAAUGAGAGAGAAAAAAGGAAGAAGCAGCGCUUAAAACAGAUCAGAGAACAGGAGAAAGCGUUUUCUCGUAAAGUACUAAAGGAUGCCAGAAAAAGACAAAAUAUUGAGCUGAAAGAACUGACCUGUCAUCUGAAGGACCAAUGGAAGAUUGCACAAGAAAAGCGGAAAUCAGAUUUGGAGAAAAAAUAUCAAGAAAAUGCAGCAGAUUUUGGAUUAGGACAUAGGACCGCUUCCGAGGAUCAAACAAACUAUUCUAAACCAGAGAUGACUAAGGAGGAAAGACAAAGGGCAUUAGAGAGAUAUGAGAAAGCAGUAGAACAGCUCAUGUAUGAGAGGGCUAAGAUGACUCAGUCAGAGAGAGAACGCACUAAAGCAAGGCAGUUAGCCUUAAAGAUUGAACGUCAAAGAGCAGCAAGGGUGGCAGCUUUACCUCCAACAGUUGAUCCCCUUAAGGACUUAAGCCAGGAGAAAGACCAACCGCCUUCUGACAAGAAGAAAUUUGACAACUACAGUACAUCACGGUUUCAUUUAAAGCCCACUGUUCUUGUAGAACGAGAUAUGGAUCCAAGUCAGGAAGAUGCUAGAGAAGCUGCAAAAGAUGAAGAAGAAAAAAUUCGAAUAAUCAUGGAGGAGGUUCAACGUGGAAAAGCUGAACAGACUGAGAAAGCCAGACUGAGACACAAACAUGCUUUGGCGCAGCUACAGUUGGAAGAAGAUCACAAACGACUGAUGGAAGAACUGGACAGUUUGGAGAGAUGUGAUCGCCAGCGGAGGCAAGAAGCUGUGGCUAGGAUCCCUGUGCGCAUAUUUCAGCCUCCACACAAAAGAUUGGAAGAUGCAGAGGAUCGCCAAAGAGACUUGGAGCAAGCAUUUGAGGACAUGUACAUGAUGCACACAGACUACACAGGUGAUCUCACUGUUGCACUGGAACCUCCUGAGCAUCUAAGACCCGCAUCAGCAGAUAGCCUCCUGUCUGAGAGUGAUCAAGGAUCUGCUGAGUCAGUAGGAGCAAAAAAGCCACCACAACCACCUGAUGCAGUUGUUCCUGAUGAGAGCUCAGAAGGAGUGGGACAUGGUGCUGAGCCUGAGGCUGGGCCAGAAAUCGCACCCUCAGGCCAUGGUGCCCCAAAGGGGCCUUCUGAAGGUGUACCCCCUGCAGAUCCACUGCGACGACUCUUAAAAAGGAUUGAAAGGCAGCGUGACCAGUGGAAGGAAAGACAGCCCCCAGAAGGAAGGCAACCUCCCAGUGCAGCAGAAACAGGAAUUCCUCAAUCAGCUGCUGCAACAGUGCUGCCCCAAAGAACCCAGGAAUUCAGGAUUCCAGACACUAUCCCAUUUUCUACCACCCCAGAACAAUUCCCUGAAGCCGAAUUUUCAGGAGAAGAGGAAGCAACAGAAACUGGGAAGUUUGAUGAAGCUGAAAUGGAAACAGGGCAGCCAAGGCCAGAAAUAGGGCAUGAACUUGACAGAGUAAACCCACCAGCAAGUGGUGCACGGACAUUGCUCCAUCCAUUAGAAGCUGCACAACGAUCUCGCACCACCACCACCAUGCCCACAGCACAACUCAGCCAACAAGAAGCUCUUCUGGAGCAACAGAAACUCAAACUGCAACUGCAACAGCAAAAUCUUCUACAACAGCAACUAGAGCAGCAAUUGCAAGACUACCAGAGGCAACUUGCUGACAUUUAUGGACAUGUGGAUAUGGAUGAAGGUCUAUCAGUGCCUGAUCAAAGGUCCACUCUGGAAGAGCCAUUUACUCAUAGCCCCCCUUAUGACAGUGACCCAUUUCUGACAAACACUACUUUAGAGGGAGUAGAGGAUACAGAAGGCAAGUCAUUUCAUGUCCAAGCCUCACACAAUUCAGUACCUCAAACAGAAGGACCCAAAAGUCCUUCAACAGGAGGUUCUCCAUUGCUUUCUGAUGCCCUUGAGUCAUCAACAUUAGGGAGUGUCACCUCAGAUGAAUCUGGUAUGUCCUCAGAUUUGCGAAGAACAUUACAAGCAGCACACUUGACAGCAGAAAAGGCUGCUCAUUUUAGGACAACAGAGAGGGACAUUUUAAAGAAGCCUGACCAGGGACAUUUGGAUGAUUUCCCCUCUAAUGGAGGUCAAAUGUAUUUAGGAACGGACACAGUUUCUGGUGGAGCAUCAAGCCCUCAAUCUGAGGAGCUUGUUAAUGUUUCAACUCCAUCAACUCUUUCGCUAAGUGUGACUUUGUCUUCUGAUCUGAGUGUGACGGCUGCUGCAUCACAUACCUCUCACACUGGUCAUGUCUUACUUGACACUAGGGGUGUAUUUCCACCCACCUUCCAAGGUUGGUCACGAUACUCUGACAUCAGGGACACAACAAGGAUUGCAGCUGCCACAUCAUUGCUUAAUAAGACAAAGGCCUCACAAGGCAUAGGUUUUUCUCAGCCAUCAUCAGCAAGUGUACAGCAAUUUUCUGUAUUGUCUUCAAGAACUGAGCCAUCAACUCACUUUUCCAGAGCUGUGGCACCACCAGUUUUGAGCAGUGGGUUAGCAACAAAUAUCCCUGGCACCCUGCCAUCAGCAAUUGUAACUUCUAGUUCUUCAAUAGAAUCUACAACACCUAAAAUGUCUGCUUUUCAACACACUCAAUCUGGUUAUUCUCCAGGGUAUGUAGACUUCUACCAGCAAAAGAUGGAAGAAGAACAACAGCUUUUUGAAACUCAAAGAAAUCGUGUUCAGCGUCACAGUGACUUGUGUAAAAAAACAAAUCCAGGUGGUCUGGGUUCUGACACAUACCAGGAUGGAGGAAGUGCAAGCAAAAGUGCACCUCCCAUAAAACCCUUCACGAAAACAAGCCCCUCUCUUUGGGAGAAACCUGUCAGAGCUCAUACAUAUUUGGGAAGGAACACAGGGUACACAAACAAAGAGAAUGUGGGUUUUAGGGCAAAUUCUUCAGCAUUUAUGGGGCAGGACAGAUUACAGGCUAUCUCAGAGAGGCUUGGUGCCUUUGAAAAAACAAUGACCACUGCAGCUAAUUCUGCUGUUGUAACCUCAUCCAGUUAUUCCCAGAAGCCUUUGUCCACAAGUAGAGAGUGGAGUCAUGGCUCUGGCACAGAGUAUUUAUCACUUCCACAUGAAUCUGAAGGUCAAGAUGCUCGGGGCAGCAUAGGCUCAACAUUUUCUACCUUGUCAGAGCUCACAGAAAUGAUGACCCGCUUGACUUCCACAAGUGACGAGUCUGAGAGCACAUCAUCCAAGGCACAGGGAGCAUCAGGUGCCUUAGAGGUACAUUCUUUUAGUACCCAUGGGAGACAAGUAGGCUAUGUCCCAGGCAGAGCUUCAAUAAAGGGACCUGGCUCAUCAAUUAGCCAACCAUCUCUCACUACCUUUGAAAGAAACAUUAAUUUAAGAGGCUUAUCUGGGGAAGGGCGUUCAGCCUCAAGCACUGUGAGCACUUUAGCUACAACAGCGCCCUUGAAUUCAGCACUUACUCGUGUUGCGUUUGAGAAAAGAACAACAUCAUCGGGUACUGUGGAGCAACCACUGAAUUCACAAGGAUCACGCUUGACCAGGGGCUCAGAUGGGAAGCAAUGGUUUGUACUUUCUCGAUCACAUACUUUGUCAUCUGGAGGUGGAAUGUUAGAGAAAGAUGGAGGCAUCCCAGAGGAGGGUGGUGCUGAUAAUGUGUUCUCUGAUGCAAAUGAAGGCAAAAGUCACUUAUUAUGUGGAGCAGAGACUGGGUCAGUGGCAUCAAUUUCCUCAGGAAGUCUUUCAUCUACCACAAUGCAUUCUGGUACUACUGAGGAACCCAAUGAAACAUCACCCACCAACAGUGAGCCACAAGGACCCACACAUUCAAUGGUAAGCUUACUUUAUGGGGGCUUUGCUGUGGCAAGUGUUUUUCAGUUCAAACUUGAAUGAAUGUGCUUUCUAUCUAACCAAUCAUGAGCAAGCAGACAAUUGAUGUAAAUUGGGUCCUCAACCUGUUUUGUGUUUAGUGCAGAUAAUUUUUUAGCUUGGACUCCUAACUGGUCGAUGAGUGAUGAUUCAUGGUACCACGUCACCCCCAAAACUGUAUUUGGCAAAGUGAGAGAUUUUCUCACCAUAUUUUGUUUCUUUAAACUAAAACAAAUACUAUCCUGUAUUGCAAAAUACAAAAUGAGCACUGAUUCCUUAAAUGAAAAUGUUCACAGAACAUGCAAGGACAUACACAGGGGAGUAGGAGAAGGGGUGAUAUGCUCUAAGUUUAUUUUGUUGUUAGAGCAACAGGAACAAGUAUUGUCUGUUGUGAAAAGUUAUUGUUUUAUGGUAUCUUGUGUCGUUUUAUUUUCAGGUAUUUUCUACCUCCCUUGAGACCCCUGGUGAUUCCUCUCCAUAGGCUGCCUGCACUUAAGAACUAAACCACAUACCAAGUGUGGUCAAACAUUUGAGAUGUUUUGGAAAAUUUAUGGUAAUGGAGUGAGGAAAGCUUUGAUAAACAUCAUGGAAAUAAUUUGGAUAUAUCAACAAAGUUGAAAUGGUAAAUUGGCCACCG